CUGAGUCAGUGGGGGAGGGCAGCUCUCUCCCUUGACUGAUAGUUCCGGACUCUGGUCAAAUGCAUGAUUUUGGCUGGAAGAUGGAGCACAGCAAGUUUCUGGCUGGCCUGAUACUGGCUGCCCUUCUCCCCCAAGUGAGCCCCUUCAAGUUAGACGAAAUUGAGGACAGAGUGUUUCUGAGUUGCAAUGCCAGCAUCAUGAGGCUAGAGGGAACAAUGGGAGAACUGUCCUCAGAAGAUAAAAGUAUGGACUUGGGAAGACGCAUCCUGGACCCACGAGGAGUGUAUCAGUGUAACAGGACGGAUGAUAAAACUGACCAAGUAUCCAUUAUGCAAGUAUAUUAUCGAAUGUGCCAGAACUGUGUGGAGCUGGACUCCGCCACCCUGGUGGGCAUCAUCAUCACCGACAUCAUUGCCACUCUGCUCCUGGCCGUAGGAGUCUACUGCUUUGCUGGACAUGAGACUGGAAGAUCCUCUGGAGCUAUGGACACUCAAGUUCUGCUGAGGAAUGAACAGGUCUAUCAGCCCCUCAGAGAGCGGGAUGAUGGUCAAUACAGCCAUCUUGGAGGAAACCGGCCUCGGAAAAAGUGAACCUGAGACAGGUGGCUUAGAGGAGCACCGUUUAUCAAUUGUACCUUCUCUCCUUGUUCAGCCAACAAAGAAUGUCUUCUUUCACUCAACAAGGGGUGGGCAUUAUCCUGACUUGCCCGUGACCUUGUCCUCCAGGCCCACCCUGCACAUGUGUCCUUCCUUCAUCUCUGCCCAUCCUCUGCCCCGCAUGGACAAAGGGUGGCAGGCCACCUCCCCUCAGCUCCUGGCCACUGGCUUUUCUAGUCCCCUGGGUGAAGCAUCCACCCCACCACACUCCUUCCGUUGCUUGUUGACUUCAGUCUCCUAUCACAGCCCUUUGGCUGCCUCACCGCAGCUGAGGGCGGGCUGCGGAGUCCAGGAGUCAGCCACAGAGAAGCUGUGGGGUUUCCAUGACAUCAUGAGCGGGGGCGGAAGAGGCACCAAGGGGCCCUGGGACUCACUUCUUGUCAAGACUUGAAGGUGGGUGGUGUGUGUGACAAAGUCUCACUGCUGCCUAGGGGCCUGGCCCUGGCUCCGUGACCACUGUUGUACAGCUGCCCUUAGCUAUGAGGACGUCUUCAGCCUUUGCCCUUCUACAUCCCUUUACCCCUGUUGAGAAGGUUGCAUUUUACUCUCCCUUUCCCCAGGAACUGCACCUGCCCUGCACUUGCCUUCUGCAUGAUCAACUGGGAUCAGAACCCCUUUGUCAUUUAAAGCACAUUAUCCUUCUCUACCCACUUGGAAGACUGGGCUUUGAGAAUGGGUGCAGCUUGGGAUGUUUUCAAUAGGUGUCAUGUUCGGGCACAGGGGUAGCAGUGGCUCUGAAACUGAGAGCCUCAGAGACUUACUAAAAUUGUAGAUACCUGGGCCCCACUCUAAGCAUGCAUGCUUCAGGUGACUCUGAUACAGCUCAGAUUUAGAGAACUUCUGGUUUAAAGGAAGAAUCAAGGCCACUCACUCUCUUGUGGCCUUUAUGCCUGUUACUGGCUUUCCAAAGCCAGGAACCCCUCCCUUUGCUCUGCUAGUGCUGAAGUGAUGUCAAGACCAUCCGGACAGUUUAAUGACAGGGGGAGCUCCCUGGGCCAGGGUUCCCAAAAGAGAAGAUAAUUAAAUACACAUUGCCUGAGAUCUGGAUGGCACUGCCCACUAUCUCCUCCAGAUACACACAGACCCUAAUUUUGUUAGAGACAGAAUGAAUUCCCGAUUUACACAUGCUCCAUUCCAUGGUUAUGCUUUAUUCCUAUCUUAUAUCCCUACAGCAUAGCCCUCCUAACCCGAGAUCCUACUUUCCCAAUAGACCCCUCUAUUAUGGGCACCCACCGUGGCACGUGUUUGACCAACACUUUCAACACCCUGCUCACUUCCUUAUAUAUUGUAUUCCCCAUGUAUGCCACAUCUUCUCUGGCGUAUCCUUAUACCACUGAUUCACAAAGUUGGCUGGGGAGCUUUAAAAAUGCUAUGCCUUGGUGCCACCCCCACAGAUUCUGAUUUUAUUAUUGUGGAGUGCAGCUUGGGCACUGGGAAUUUUUAAACUGCCUAAGGUGAUUCUAAUGUGAAGCCAAGGUUGAGAAUCACUGCCCUCCACCUGAGCCCUUCCUGAAUCUUGUGUCCCUUCUGUCUUUAUUUUUUCAUGCCUUUAAAAAACAGCUUUCUUGAGGUAUAAUUGACAUAAAUAGAUGAUAUAUAAAAACAAUUUGAUAAGUGUUGACAUAUGCGUACACUUGUGAAACAUCACCACGGCAAGAUAGUGAACGUCUCCAUCACCCAUGAGAGUUUCCUUGUGCUCCUUUGCAAUCCCUCCAGUCACCCUUGUACCGCCCCCUCCCCAGGGAACCACUGAUCUGCUUUCUGUAGCUAUCGAUGGGUUUUUGUCUUUUAGAAAAUGAAAUACGUUUCACAUAAUGUGUACUCUUUUACUGCUUGGCUUCUUUUACCUAGCAUAAUUAUUUUGAGAUUCGUCCAUCUUGUAUGAAUCAACAGCUUGUUCCUUAUUGUUUGGUAGUAGUCCAUUAUAUAGAUAAACCAUUAUUUGUCCAUCCAGCUGGUAGUCUUUUGGGCUAUUAUAAAUAAAGUUGCUAUGAACAGUGCUAUAAAAGUCACUGUGUGGACAUAUGCUUUUAUUUCUCUUAGAAAAAUGCUCAGGAAUGGAAUGGCUGGAAUAUGUAAUGUGUAUGUUUAACUUUUUACCAAAGUUGUUUUGGCUAUUCUAGAUCCUUUGCAGUUCUGUAUGAAUUUUAGAAUUAAAUUCUCACUUACUACAAAAAAGCCUCCUGGGAUUUUGAUCAGGAUUGCAUUGAAUGUAUAGAUAAUUUGGGGGCAGAAUUCACAUGUUAACAAUCAAUAUUGAGACUUCCAGUCCAUGAACACAUCUUCUGUCAGAAUUAUCCCUAAGUAUUUUAUAUUUUUGAUGCUGUUGUAAAUUGUAUUUAAAAUUUUUAAAUUUCUAAUUGUUCACUGCUAGUUUAUAGAAAUACAAUGGAUUUUUGUAUAUUGAUUUUGUAUCCUGCAAACUUAUUAAACUCACUUAUUAAUUCUA